UCGAAGGCGGCGGCCAUUAAGAAGCUUGGGAGACUGGAAACAAGUAGUUGAAAUUUCCGUUGCCCCCUUUAACUCUACUACCAUACCUGGGUGACACGCUUAUCUGCUGUGUUUUCCUGUUUACGUGGAUGUUGAUACAGACAACACCCUACCCUGAUUUUUACCCAGUAGCUGAUGACAAGCUCCUGGCUCUUCCGUUAUUGCAACUUCCACAUCAGGUGCAACAGCCUAAAAAUUGCAAGUACAGGCAUCCUCAAAUGUUCAACAGGUAUAAAAUGACCGAUUCACCUCGUCACCAAAUGCAAGAACAGUUUGGUAAAGAGCAAAGGAAGAAUGAUGACAUUAGAGUCUCCAUUCAAGUGGAUCGGCCAUUUCCAGCUGUUCUUGGGAACAAACACACGAAUGUCCAUUCAAAUAAUCUGCCACAAUGUCUUCCAAAAGAUAGGAGAUGUCUGAGAGAAGAGGUAUCAUCAAAGAGACCAAAAAUGGAUGGAAUUGAGGUGGUUGAAAAGAUCGGGUGUGGGAGCUAUGGGUCCAUAUGGUUAGUCAAGCAGUCUUGUAACCAAAAGUGCUUAGUUCUUAAGUGUGUGGAAUUGUCUCGUUGUAACCAGCAGGAAGUGGAAAAUGCCCGACAAGAAGUUGUUAUCCUGGAAGGUCUUAGGCACCCCAACAUUGUCUCCUACAAGGGGUCAUUUGAACUGGAUCAUCGGCUUCACCUUUUGAUGGGAUAUUGCGAGGGAGGUGAUCUGUUCACUCGUAUCCAACAGCAAAAUGGAUCAUCGUUUCCUGAACAGAUAAUUAUCCGUUGGUUCAUCCAGAUCACUAUGGCACUGCAGUACCUCCAUGCACACAACAUUCUCCACAGAGAUCUUAAAUCUCAGAAUGUCUUCCUCACACGGUCAGGACUUAUUAAAUUGGGUGAUUUUGGUGUUGCACGCAUUCUUGGUUCAACCACUGAUAUGGCAUCAACAAUGAUUGGAACUCCUUCCUACAUGAGUCCAGAACUACUUGCAGGUCUUCCUUAUGACUACAAAUCAGAUAUAUGGGCCUUGGGAUGUUUACUUCAUGAAUUGGCAACGUUGAAGCAUCCUUUUCCUGCCCGUAACAUGUCCUCUCUGAUGUACAAGAUAUACAGUGGCAAGGUGGAUGAUAUACCUGACCACUACAGUGAGGAUUUGCAGUGCUUAGUGCAGUGUGUUUUGAACCGUAGGUCGGAGCUCAGACCAAGCACGUCGUGUAUCCUUCAACAACCGUUCAUUCGCAGUCACAUCUUGGUCUUCCUCAAUGAUACAACCAACUCUGCAAGUGCCAAAAGCAAAGUUAAAGAACGAAAUGCUAUUUCAGAAAAUAAAAAGAUAAUACAAAAUAAGCAGAGAGAAAAGUGUGUGACUAGGCUGGAAAGUGAAACGGAUUAUGGCCACUAUUCCAACAGAAAUGAACCUGGCAUUAAGCAGGAGAAUGUAUGUGGUAAUGAAAAGCAGUGUGUGUCAGUAAAGUAUAACUGUGAUUUAAUUGCUAAGAGGCAUAAGUUUCUUCCUACCCAGUUUGAUUCAUUACAUAUUUCAGAAGACAAGACAGAUAGAACAAAAGUUGAGACUAAACAAAGUGUAUUGAAAGAAUUAAAAUGUAAACAGCAAAAAGAACAUAAUCCAGCAGCUGCUGGCCACAUUGAUUCUCAAUCACGACAACGAUGGCGCAGUAUCAAGAAGUCAGUAGUUGAGAGCAGCAGUGAUCAUGAUGAAAAUGGUUUAUAUAUUAGCCCAAAAGUUUUAUGUUCCAAGAAGUCUGGAGUAAAUGACAAUAGAUUAGUCACACAUUCACUCUCGGCUCGUGAACGGAGGAGACAAAAGAGACUUGAAGGAAUUGAAAUGGAAAAGUCUGAAACUCAGCUGAAACAGUCAAAGAAUAGUCAGGAAUUUGUUGAAGAAAAUAUAUCUACAUAUGACUUCGAGCCAUCACAUGGCAUUACAUUUAUCGUUAAAUCUGCAGAAGAUGAGGAGUUUUUUAAUUUACUGAGCACGACGCUCAGUGAAGACACCUUGCAUACAAUUAAUGAAACUGAUGCCAAUGAUGUUGCUGUAUCACUUGGAAAGGAGAGUGAUGGGCUGGAGGCAAGGCUGUGUGAACUUACUAAAGCUCUUGGUAAUGAAAUAGGGGAGGAUUCGGCUGACUUGGUGACCAACCUCCUGAAGCUAGGUGCAUGGGAGGUGUGGGAGGAGCAGCGGCAGGCAGUGAAGGCGCUGCUCGGGAAUGACGUCUUCAGCUCUGUGGCUAACAUUGUCUCCAACCUCAAGCUUUGCUACACCUUUAGGCACAGAUGAAGGAAGGUACCCAUGAACCCUUGUUGACUUGAUGAACCAUAAAGAAAGAACAGGAUGUGGACUCAAGGGGUUUAGAAGCUUCCAAAACUGUAUUUCAAGAUAAGCAUUCAACCUCAAUAUAGUGCAAAUUUUUUAAUAUAGUUUAGAAUUAAAUUAAUACCAAAGAUUAAUUCCUAAAUUGUUUUCCUUUAAUAUCUUAUUUCAUAAUAGCUAGCCAGUUAUAGUUAGUACUGAACAUAGGUUAUAAAUAUUAAAUAAUCUACAUGUAUAUCCAUAUUAGCAAAUUAUAUUACAAUUAUGGCAAGAUGAAAUGGGGACAUGGACACUGUUAAAACCAUUUUUCCUUUUCUAAUUUUCCUUGGUGCUACACAGUCGUCCUUUGAGUCUUCUUUUGAUAAUUACUUUACCCUGCAGUCAUUAGAGUCAAUAAUCUCCUGUGAAUCUGCCUCCUUUGACCUUGCUGCUCUUUGUGCUUUCUUAUUCAUAUCCUAAAUGAUGUCUAAGACCUUUUUAUUAAUUUGUUUAACAUUCUGGAGCACUAUAUAGCUUAGUGCAUUCUAUUGCUAACUAUUUAGCAUAGAUGACACUUGUUAAACUUGAUAAAUUAUUAUGCCAAAGACCUGCAACAAUGCCUGCUUUCCACAUUAAAAUGUAUACUGUAAUAUGCUGGUGGAUUAUAUUUGAAAGUUGUAACAAUGGCUGCACCUCUUGAGGGACUUAACUUUAAAACUUUAGGUUGUUGGCCUUAGUAUUUUGUAAUGGUUUCUUGACAUCGUUGUAGCUAUUAAACACUUCAGUUUACCAAGUGCAUCUUCAAAGACAGUGCAGAUGUCAUUGGCUUUUAUGAAUCUACUCUGUGUAUUCUGUUGAUAAUUACUUCUUGCCAAAUCUCUAAUCCCUUCCUUGGACUUUACAAGAGAGAAAAAUUUAUCAGUCUUCAGUGCACACAAUAGUGUGCAGUGCUACAUUUCAUGACACUUUUUUAAAAAGUUUAGGUAUUUUCAUCAUACAUGUAAACACUCCUAAACACAAAUAUGCAGGUGAUGUCAUCUCGCCUUUAAUUGGGACAUGUGUAAAUCAUUUAACUUCAGAGCAAAGUGAUGGAGCUUUAUUUUAAGAUUUGAAUUACUGUUGACUUCCACUGUGAAAUGCUUUAGAUGUAAGUAUAUUCAGGGACCAGAUACAGGUGUGAUAUAGCAGUAGCUAAAAUGGUUAUAAAUUAUCAUACUGUAUACAUUUUAAUAUUUGUUGUAAAUUAAUAGAAUUGUUUUAUUAGUUCUCAUUUUAAUCAAUAAAAUGUUUACAUUUUUA